AUGGACUCAUUAUUUAAAUCAUAUGAAGAUGAUAUGAAGAAAUCAUUAAACACUCUAGAUACAUUAUUAAAUACUAUAAAAUCAUGUACUGAUAAUCAAUCAAAACAAGAACCAAUUAAAAAAGCAGAGAUACUUAUUAAAUCGAUUGAUGAAGAUAUGGAGUCAUUAUCAAUGGAAGCAAAUAAUUUAAACAAGUCUAUAUCUACGUAUAGGGAGAGACUGAUGAAUGCAAAAACUUCAUUAAAACAAAUCAAAGGAUCGUUGGACUAUCAAAAUAAUAUGAAUCAUUUGAUGGAGGGUGGCAGUAGUGGUAGUAAAGCAAUGUCAAAUGACUUAAACACAAGAGAACGUAUGGAUAGAAUACAGAAAACAAUGGAAAGUGGAAAUAGAAUGAUUAAACAAUCAAUCAGUCAAGUACAAGAGAAUAUUCAAUUGACUGGAAACAUAAACAUGGAAUUGGCAGCUCAAGGUGAACGACUUAAAUCCUUUGACAAAAGAUUUGAUGAUAUUGAUGGACAAUUACAACAAGCUGAUAAAACUAUGAAAAAAAUGGAAAAGAGAUGGUUUGUUUAA